UGUCACUUCUGCUGUGUUCUCUGUCCUAAUGAACUGAUUUCCACAGCAACAUGCAAAGGAAGAAGAGCUGGAUAUUCUGGUGGCUGAUGUCUUUUGUGUCUUAUGAAAUGCUUUAUGAGAAUUGGGUGUCAGGACAGGGUUCCUGUGAGACUAUGUGCAAUAUAACAUCUAACAUAGGUCGUAAUCAUACAGAGUGUUGUAUGGAUUAUACAGACAAGGUUUUGAGAACUGGAAACCGCACUGACGCUAUGACAGCCAUUAGGACUCUAGAAAGUGUUCUAGAGAGAACAGAGGUGAAUGUGAGCAUGCAAGUGUGUGUCAAAACUUUUGUGGCGCUUCUGCACAAACCCAAUGAUACCUUUGGAGGCCUUAAAAUUUAUGCUGAUGACACACAGGUAACACCAGAUGUGCCUCUUCUCAACAGUAAAGUCCUUGUCCAGCUGCCAAGAGAACUGGAUGCUGGACCGAAUAACAAGAUUGUGUUCUGCAUGUUUAAAUGGCCUAAAAUGAACGAGAGCAUUUUUGAAAGCCCACAUGAAGUAUAUGAUCAAAGACUGGUUGGUCUGAGUGUGCAGAACAAGGAGAUAUCAGGACUGCAGGAGCGCAUCAACAUCACGAUGGAGUUUACCAAGAAAAUCGACGAAACUCAAAAACCCUCGUGUCAUUUCCUUAAUUAUUCAACAUGCAAUUUUAGUGAGGAUGGCUGCCUCACACACUGGACACGUGGUCAGACUAACAUCACCUGUUCCUGUAACCACCUCACAUACUUUGGCGUCCUCAUAAUACCUGAUCCUUCCAUCACAAAGAAAGACCAAGAGAUUUUAACACACAUUACUGUGAUCGGCUGUAGUAUUUCCCUUUUUGCUUUGGUCAUAGCCAUUUUGCUCUUUAUUACAAACAGAAAACUCAGACAAGAUGUCUCUAUGAAGGUCCACAUCAACCUUGUAAUUGCCCUGAUGCUCCUCAACCUGCACUUCCUGCCCAGUCAGGCAGCGGCAGCAGGGUCCUCCUCUGGACUUUGCUUAUACAUGGCUCUUUUACUUCAUUAUUCUCUGCUGGCCACUUUCAGCUGGAUGGCCCUGGAAGGUUUCCACUUAUAUCUUCUCCUGGUCAAAGUCUUCAACAUCUAUGUCAAGAAAUACCUGCUCAAACUCAGCGUGGUGGGAUGGGGCGUCCCUGCAGUGAUUGUGUCAGUGGUGGUGAUCAUAGACAGAAAGUUUUAUGGUCAGGUUGCUCUGGAAACAUCUAACUCUACAAUAUGCUAUAUAACCAAUUCCUACGUGAAAAUAUGGACUACAGUGGUACUGUUCAGCUUGGUGUUCCUUUUUAAUGUAAUCAUGUUUGGGGUGACAAUCAGACGUGUUUUGAUUCUCCACCACACCAGAGAGUUUGGGCAGAAUAACCUUGAAAAAACAAAGAAAGACAUUUGCUCCCUGGCUGGAGUCAUGACUCUGCUCGGCAUUACCUGGGGCCUGGUCUUUUUCUCAUUUGGCCUCCUGACCACUCCUGCCCUCUACCUCUUCUGCAUCUUGAACUCACUGCAAGGUUUCUUCAUCUUCCUUUGGUUUGUGAUGUCACUGAUAAAGGCUAAAACCUCAGCUACUAAGAUGAGCAGUGAAACACGCAGCACUAACGGCUAGUUUAAACACUAGUAGCAACAACUUAAUAAGAGUCUGUGUGUGUCAGUAUAAUUCAUAUUGUAAUACAGUGACAACAUGAUUAUGUCCUCUUUAAAUCAUGAUGUUUAUUUAUACAACAGCACAUACAACAGUUUAUUUAUACAAGGCAGGUGAGCGAGAGUGAAUAUUAAUGUUAUGUUUGAAACUUUAUUGAUGAAAUACCUAAAAUCUUUGUGGUGAGGAAUUAAUCUCUCCUAAGAGCAACUUAGAGGAUGUGUUCCCUUUGCAUUGUAAGCUUUUCUAUAUAGCUUAUAACUAUAUGGUUUAUAAUUUAUGUCUCCCAUAUUUCCAACAAACAUA